GUGGAAUGAGAUAUUUGUUUGAUUCGCGUAUGUGUAACAAUGUUAUACAGUCUAUUUCCUAAACGAGUUUUACAUAUUAUCCCGGUUAUUAGAAAUAGUGGCAACUCUGAUUUACUGCCGUUUGAACUAAGGAACAGGGCGCGGGUCAAAAUAGUUUAUUGUGGUUAAUACUAAGUAUGUGUGACGGUUGUUGAGAAUGCGGUCAAAACGAUGAUCAUUGUCUUAUAUGCAUGUUGAUAACGAGUCCACUAUUUAAACGAUUUAAACUCACAAGCUUGUCAAAUUACCGCAGGGACCGCAGGGUUAAACUAGUACUUGGAACCUACUUAUUUUAGGAAACAAUGUGUCAAUAUUUUAUUCUUACUUUUUCAUUUUAUUCCCAAUUUUUCCACUUUUCUUUGUCACUAAACAUGUUUUUCUUCAUCUUCUUAAGGUUUUAGGCGCACUGUCAACUGUCAACAACAAACAUGUCUAAAAUUGACAUGUUUAUGAAUUUCUGCAAUUUAAAUAAAAUUACUUGUAAGAAAUAAGGGUCUAUUCACAAACUAUGUAAGAUUUUAAUUUAAGGGGUUUUUUUGGGGGGGGGUCGGAGCUAUUUUUUUACGGUAAAUAGUAAAAUUGCCCUAAUGUGUAGUAACUUUUUUCACUUGUAGAGGAGGUGAAAAUUUGCAAAAAAAUGUUCUACAUUGUGAAUGCCCCCCUAAGGAUGCGUGUGCAAAUUAAUAACAACAUUGUCGAAUGGGUCAUUGAGUGCAACUAUUAUUUUUCUUUUUCCGCAUUAUUUCCCAGACAAAUUAUCCGAUACAUUCUAAAGAAUUAUUCACUUUUUUCCUCUUCUUUUCUAGUGAAAACAAUUUUAUUAACAUCAUUUAUUUUUGCCUAUAUUCAAAAAUAUUUGUGCCGCGCUACCGAGAAAAAAUUUUUGAGGUUAUGUUUAUAAUUUUUUGAAUUUUUUGAGUGAAAAUACAAAAGGAGAAUCAAUUAUUAUUAAAAGUUAAUCAUCUUCAAGUCUUUAGUACCCAAAAUACUGAAUAAAGACGGUUUUUAAAUUUACAUAAGUAACUAAAAGGGAACUUUUAAAGAAGAAGAAAAGGAACACAAACAACCUAUAAUAAUUCAAGGGCUUAUUUAUUUUCUUAAGAAAAAUGUCGACUAAAUUCACAACCACGUGAAAUUAUAAUAUGAAAGAUGUUAAUAAUAAUAGUAAUACAAAAUAAGUAAGUAAAAAUAAUAAUAAUAAUCGAUGAUUUUUGCUUCUGAUUGAGAUAAUCGUAACACAUGUAAAUAUGCAAGUGCGAUCCGGAGAAAAGUUCUCUGACACGUUAACGCGAAAGAAAUUAAGUGAAAAAAGGAGGAAGAUGGCUCAUGGGAAGAGUUGGCGAAAAAAUGCAAGAAGAGGGGUGAAGUUUUGCUACUCCGGAGGAUGAUGACCUCUUCUGCGAUGGAAGCAUCUGCUAAAUAGAUGACACGAGUCUUGUCACAUGUCUAGUUUGCCCUCAAGCACAGUGAGAGCCGGGUUGGCUCUAGUGGUGGAGGAAAUCAGGAAGUGAAAAAAGAAGAGACAACAAUCGGCGGCAAAUGGGGAAGAGGACCACCAUUCUUUUAAUCGCAGCUUUCCUCGUGGUCCAAAAUUUGGCCCAAUUGGAGUCUGCAAAAACGAAAAGACAUCGACCGAAACCAACUCAAUUGCCGAAUGUUCAUUCGGAUUUAUACUCGGAAUAUGAGGAUUAUUACGAGGAGUACGACGAGAGUAAUGAAACAUCUACAGAGGAAACUCAAACGGAAACUGUACAUUAUUCCGCACCUGGAAUUUAUGGACACUCGAGAUUUUCCGAAUCGACACCCGUUUCGAUAACAGUGAGACCUGUUUAUUCUUCUCAAUCAACAUCUGACACUCCAAACACAGAAAAUGAAAAUACAAUUUGCGAAUAUGAAGGAAUUUUUCGAAGACAUGGAGAGGAGUGGAAGCCAAAUAAUUGCACACUUUGCAUAUGCAAUCGUGGAAAACCCGACUGUUCACAUCUCAUUCCGUGCACAAUAAAUGAUUCGGAAUCUUUGGAAAAUUCGGAUUCAGAAACAGAAGAGCCAGAAAAUGAUCAAUCAUCAGAAAUCAUUCCUGGUGAAAGUAAUCGAGUCAACUCUGUAUAUUCCGGAUCACGCGAUGAUUCUAUGUCAACUGCACGACCAACACGUUCCGAUAUUUCUGGUUCUCCUGCUCCUGAUGUUUCCAUGUAUUAUCAACAAUUAGCUAUGGCUCAAGGAAGUGACGAGAAAGGACCUUCAGGACCGGAUCCUUUUGCCUAUAUUCACGCACAAACUGGACCUUCCGGUCCACGUGGUCCUCCAGGACCACAAGGACUUCCUGGACCGCAGGGUUUUCCUGGUCCGAGAGGAGAACCAGGAGAUUCAGGACCUCCAGGAGUUGCCGGACCACCUGGAAAUAGAGGACUGCCGGGAUUUCCCGGAAAAGACGGAGAGCCUGGAGAAGAUGGGGAUGUCGGUGUUCAAGGACCUCCAGGAACUCCAGGUCCCAGGGGUUCGACAGGUCUGCCGGGUCUUCCUGGAAUGAAAGGACAUCGAGGAUUUCCUGGUUCGGACGGAGCUAAAGGAGACCUAGGUCCGGUCGGUGAAAAAGGGCCACUAGGUCCUUCGGGUCCUAGUGGACCAAUUGGACAAAUGGGACCACCUGGUUCUCGUGGCGAGAGAGGAAGGGAAGGACUGCCAGGACCACCAGGACUUAGAGGAAUCGAUGGAAUGAUUGGACCUCCAGGACAAUCCGGUCCUAUUGGAAAAUCUGGAGCUCCAGGUUUUCCGGGUCAUCCGGGUGCAAAAGGAGAUCAAGGAACGCAGGGAACAAAAGGAAGUCAAGGUUCUCCAGGUCCAAGGGGAGAAACGGGUCGUACGGGUCUUGUGGGUGAGGCGGGUCCACAAGGUCCGUCGGGAAAGGACGGUCAACAAGGGGAAAAAGGAAAUGCCGGUAUUGUCGGCGCUGUUGGACUUCCUGGUUUUCCUGGAUCAAGAGGACUACCGGGUAUGUCCGGCAGUCCUGGAACACCUGGCGAGAAAGGAAUUCCUGGUGAACCUGGAGAAAAAGGAUUCAAAGGUGAAGUGGGCGUAAAAGGCGAUUCGGGACCCCCAGGACCUCGUGGUUUGCCAGGUGUCGCCGGCUCAGAAGGAAAGAGGGGUAAGAGGGGAAUGCGCGGUCCACCAGGUUCUGCUGGUCCACCUGGAGAGCGAGGAAUACUCGGACCAAGAGGACCUCCUGGCAGUGAAGGUCCCAUUGGCCCCAAAGGUCAGACUGGAGAGCGAGGAGGAGCUGGUCCUGCAGGACCCAAGGGAAGUCCAGGAGAAAUUGGACGUCAGGGACUUCCAGGAUUGCAGGGAAUACGGGGAGCAACGGGAAGAGCUGGCCCCGCUGGUAAACCGGGACUUCCUGGAGAGCGUGGAGUCGUUGGAGCGGAGGGAAAGACUGGUGAACAAGGACCUGUUGGUCCACAAGGAAUUCCUGGUCCACCUGGACCACUGGGAGAAAAAGGAUUUCACGGAGAUCCUGGAAAAGACGGAGAAGCUGGUCUUCCUGGACCGCCGGGAGUAAAAGGUGAAACUGGCAAACCGGGUCCUAUGGGAGUUCAAGGCCCGACAGGUUUAACAGGAACUGCUGGUGAUAAAGGACCUCCGGGUCCCAUCGGUUCACGAGGAUUUCAAGGAUUACCGGGGGCGCCAGGAAAUCCAGGAACGCCGGGAAAAGAUGGAGAAGUUGGACCGCGAGGACAAGCGGGACCACCAGGAAGUUCUGGAAAUAGAGGCGAAAGGGGAGCUCCUGGAGAAAGGGGCCCUGUCGGAGCCACUGGACUCGGCGGUACCAAGGGCGAAAUUGGAGCACCAGGCGUUGACGGUCUCAAUGGUCUUCCGGGACCUAAAGGUGAAAGAGGAAUUUCCGGAGUUUCCGGUUUGCUUGGUUUGCCGGGUUUGAAGGGACCCGCUGGUGACGCAGGACCGAAAGGUGAUAAGGGUACAACUGGUCCUCUGGGUCCUGAAGGCCAACAAGGUCGGACGGGAGAUCGUGGUCCACAGGGACUGACAGGUCCGCCCGGACCUGCUGGAGAACCGGCAGAGAGAGGAGAUCCGGGUCCGCCAGGUCCCUUAGGCGAAAGUGGACCUCCUGGAGGUCCUGGUGAGAGAGGCUUGCAAGGACCUCAAGGUAAUCAAGGAUUUCCAGGACCACCGGGUUUGAUUGGACUUCCGGGCGCGAAGGGGGAUUCAGGACAUUCUGGAUUGAAGGGCGACAGGGGAAGUCAAGGUCUACCAGGCGCUCCUGGUGAAUUGGGUCCUCAAGGGAGACACGGACCGCAGGGUGUGAAAGGAUCUCGAGGUGAACCUGGUGCAAGAGGAGAGACUGGACCUCUUGGUCCUCCCGGAAAUCCCGGAUUAGUUGGAUCGAUUGGACCUCAAGGAAAAAUUGGACCACCGGGUAAUCCGGGAAUUCAAGGUGUGAAAGGAGCGCCGGGAGAAGUAGGUCGUCCCGGUAAUCCUGGAUCCACUGGCAGUCCCGGACCGUCAGGAUCUGAUGGCGCAAAAGGAGAAAGUGGCGGUGAAGGAUCGCCGGGGUCACCUGGAGCGACUGGAAGUCCAGGACCGCAGGGCGAUAGAGGCUUGCCAGGAUUACCAGGACUCACUGGACCUACAGGCGCAAGAGGAUCUCGUGGAGCUCCGGGAGAAAUUGGCCCGUUAGGAAAACAAGGCCCUGAAGGACUUUCUGGCCCUCCAGGAAUAACGGGACCUAUCGGUCCUCCGGGUCCUGUGGGCGAAGCUGGAGUAGAAGGACCACCUGGAAAGCCAGGACUGCCCGGACAUAGUGGAAAGCAUGGAGAAAAAGGUCCUACUGGUGCGACUGGACCUUCUGGAAUUCCUGGAGCUCCCGGUUUGCAAGGUGCACCAGGAAGUAUUGGAAAUCCUGGACCUCCAGGAGAAAAGGGACCAAAAGGUGACACUGGAUUUCCGGGACCUGAAGGAACUCCUGGUCUUAGAGGAAAACCAGGAGUUGCUGGUCCCGAUGGUGAAAGGGGAGAAAGAGGAAUAGAUGGUGCAAAAGGAAUGAAAGGACAUCGAGGUUUCAUUGGUUUACAAGGAUUGCCUGGAUCACAGGGAUUACCGGGCGACAAAGGAGCAUCAGGAAAUCCUGGCUUGCCAGGCAAGGACGGAGAGCAUGGCAUGAGAGGAAAUCCUGGUCGAGACGGAAGCCCAGGACUUUUGGGACCAACUGGAAACCCUGGACCAAGAGGACCACCUGGAGAUGGUCGUCAAGGACCUUCUGGUCCACCGGGUCCACCCGGACCGCCAGGACCUCCUGGAGAUGGCAGUUUAGGAUACGAUGCUGCUUCGCUCGCUGCCUAUUUUAAUAUGGGCCAGGGUUCAAGUAAGGGACCAUCGGAUUCACCUCUUGGCGAUGAACCAGCGAGAUAUUUUGGCAAUGAAAUGUCGCCCGAGGAGAAAAAGGAAUUCAUCGCGAAAAUGCAAAAUCGUCUGGAGAAUUAUGUGAAAACAAUGACAAAGCCAAGUGGCGAGAAAAAUUCCCCAGCGAAAACGUGUGGCGAUCUUUUUGCAACUCAUCCCGAUAAAAAAUCAGGAGAAUAUUGGAUUGAUCCAAAUGGAGGUGAUACACAAGAUUCAAUUUUGGUGCAUUGUGAUGCUGAGAAACGUUCAACGUGCUUAUUAUCAAAUCCAAGUCGAACAAAAGAAAUUAAUUACAUUGGAGGAGAACAAGAAAUUUGGCUUAGUGAGAUUAAACCCAGUAUCAAGGUGACAUAUAAAGCCGACAACAACCAGAUAAGUUUCUUGCAAAUGUUAUCGAAACAAGCUGAGCAAAAUAUUACUUAUCACUGUAAAAAUAGCGUUGCGUAUUUUGAUUCAGAACGCAAAAAUUAUAGACGAGGAAUGAAACUUUUGGCCUGGAAUGACGUGGAGUUGGCAGCGAGAGGAAAUCGACGGCUUAAAUACGAUGUUGUCAUGGACGAAUGUCAGUUUCGAGCGAAGGAUUGGGCUAAGACAAUAAUUACUUACAAAACUGACAAGCCGCUUAGACUUCCAAUUUUGGAUUUAGCAAUGCGAGACAUUGGAAAUGAAGACCAAAGUUUUUGGAUAGAAAUAGGAUUCGCUUGCUUCCAAUAAUUUGUUUAAUAGAACUUACAAAAUAUAUUUUUUUUAAAUUCAGAUUGUUGAUGUCAAAAUAAAUUACUAAUUUUACUUUUCCACCUUAUUUUUAUAAAUUAUAUAUUAAUUUAUAAACUAUAAUUUAUAAUUAUACAAUAUAUAUAAUUAAUUUAUACAAUUAUAUAUAAAAUUUGCUUUCUCAUUCCUUAUUUAAAAACCGACUGAUCAAAAGACUUUCAAUUUAUUUACCAAUUUAAGCAAAAAUAAUUCGUGGAAGUAAAAUGUAAAUGGAGAAAGUAAAUUUAAAAUUAUUUUGACAGCAACUAUUUCUUUCGGAUGAUAAAUCAAUGAAAAUUGUUCAUGAAAAUCAUAAAUUUUAGGAAUUCAGGAUACUUAACAUAUAAUUUAAUUAAUCCACUCCUAUUAGUUUGUACAUAAGAAUUUCUAUACUUUUUAUUAAAGAAUAUUACAGAAUUCA